ACAGAGUUUUGACGUUUAUCACACUUUCUUUGCCUCAUCGAUUUCUAUAAAUUUUAAUAAAUAAAAUGGCAGGAGAGAAGGCUGUGUCAACUGUUGCGAAGCCCCAGAUGCGAGGUCUCCUCAAUUCUGUCAUCAAGAGGAAUUUGAUUGUUGCCAUCACCCUCGCAGGGAUAUCUGGUUUCGCUUUCAAAAUUUUGGUUGGCGAUGCGCGUAAGAGGCGUUAUGCUGAAUUCUACAGGACAUAUGAUGCUGAGAAGGACUUUGAAGAAAUGAGGAAGAAAGGUCUCUUCCAGUCUUGCUGAACAUUGUCAAUCAUAGUGUAGUAUUAAUAUGUUGCCGUGCAUAUUAUGUUAAUAUAUAUUUAAUAACAUUACAAUUACUUUUAUUAUGUGUACCUUAGUCAAGGUGUGAGAUAUAGCC